AUGAAAUUCAGCUUUAUCAUUUCGCUUGUCUUUGCCAUUGCCCUUACCGAUCUUACUGUUGCGUGGACUUCAGCCGUGGAAAUUCGGAAAAACAUGGAACGAUGCCAAAAAAUCUCUCUCGAUGAAUGUCCUGCAGCACGCAAAUGCGCCAUUGAAGAAUCGGAUGACGGUGGUACCUCUUGUGCUUAUGCUCCAAACAAGGAAGAUGAAUGA